UAAUAAAGUAUACUACAUAAUCUCAGCACGUCAACCAGGAGAUAUGUAAUGAUUAGAAAAAAUAGACUUAACCGCUAAUAAAGUAUACUAUAUAAUCUCAUCAUUUCAACCACAAGACCACUAACUCACAAAAAAAAAAAAGAUCAAAUGGAGUUGGCUUAUGGUAUGCUAUGUUCAUGUAGUGUUUUCUCAGUAACAGUUCUAAUCAUUUUGUUAAGCUGGAGAAAAUUUGGGAAAGAUACCAAACAGAAAGUACCCCCAGGGCCGCAAGGAUGGCCAGUAAUUGGCAACAUAUUGGAUCUUGGAACCAUGCCCCACCAGACCCUAUACAAGCUUCGAUCCAAAUAUGGAACACUUCUUUGGUUAAAAUUGGGUUCGAUGAACACCAUGGUACUCCAGUCUUCCAUGGCGGCAGAGCAACUCUUCAAGAACCACGACCUUUCUUUUUGUGACCCCAAGUGUCCCGAUGCAUUAAUACCCCACAACUAUUAUCAGGGAUCACUUGCCUUCGGUCGCUAUGGCUCCUAUUGGCGCAUCCUUCGAAGACUUUGCACAAUGGAGCUUCUAGUCAAUAAACGGGUCAACGACACGGCUGCGCUCCGGCGAAAAUGCGUCGACGCCAUGUUACGGCACAUAGAACGAGAUUCGGCUGCUGGACUUGCAAGAGGAGAAUCUGGCGAGGUGAACUUGGCUCACUCUCUUUUUCUCAUGGCAUUCAAUCUGAUUGGCAACCUUAUGGUUUCGAAAGAUCUGUUGGAGUCGGAAUCCAGGGAAGGGAAAGAGUUCUUUGAUGCCAUGGACAAGAUCAUGGAGUUUGUAGGUAAGCCGAAUCUGGCUGACUUUCUACCUUUCCUGAAAUGGUUGGAUCCUGAAGGGGUGAACAGGAACAUGAAGGAACAUAUGGGAAAGGCCAUGAAUAUUGCAGGAAGGUUUGUGAAAGAGAGAGUUGAGGAAAGGAAGAUAGGUAAGCAAGGGAUGGCAAAGGACUUUUUAGAUGCAUUAUUGGAGUACGGAAGCGAUGGAAAAGAAGGACCUGAUAGGAUUUCAGACCACAAUAUCAACGUUAUUGUACUGGAAAUGUUUCUGGCUGGAUCGGAGACAACAAGCAGCACGGUUGAAUGGGCGAUGACUGAGCUUCUUCGCAAUCCCAAGUCAAUGCAAAAGGCUAGAGAAGAGCUUAAUCAAGCCGUUGGACCAAACAGGAAGGUUGAAGAAAGUGACAUGGACAAUCUGCCAUAUUUGCAAGCAGUAGUGAAGGAAACACUGAGGUUACAUCCACCGCUUCCUUUGUUGGUUCCUCGGAAUGCAAUGGAAGAUACCGAGUUCAUGGGGUAUCUAAUACCCAAAGAUACUCAAAUUUUUGUGAAUGUAUGGGGAAUUGGAAGAGAUCCAGAAACAUGGGAUGAGCCUUUAUGUUUCAAGCCUGAGAGAUUUACAGGGUCAAAUAUUGAGUACAGGGGCCAGAACUUCGAGUUGAUUCCAUUCGGAUCUGGUAGAAGAAUAUGCGUGGGUCUUUCACUAGCUCAUCGUGUGGUUCAUCUAGCUCUUGCCUCUCUCCUUCAUACUUUUAACUGGAAUUUGAAUCCUAAAUUUUUAGACACGAACGAGAGGGUGGGGAUAACACUUCGAAAGCUCGUAUCCCUUAAAGCAAUACCCAGGAAACGUUCAUUAGGUGAAUGACUGUUAGAAAAAAGCAUCAGUGAAAAUAAUAUUACUCAAUAUUUAAGUGUAUGUAUUCGCAAUUUUAAUUAUCUCAAUUAAAUUUGUUUUUCCA